GGGAGGGCUGCGAAGGCGUCCGUCAAAGGUGGAGGCAGGGGUGGGUUCUGCAGGCUUUGCAGGGUGCGACGGACCAUCAUGCCGACCACACAGCAGUCCCCGCAAGAUGAGCAGGAGAAACUCCUGGAUGAAGCUAUUCAGGCCGUUAAAGUCCAGUCUUUCCAGAUGAAACGAUGCUUGGAUAAAAGCAAGUUGAUGGAUGCUCUGAAGCAUGCCUCCAACAUGCUGGGCGAGUUACGGACUUCCUUGUUGUCCCCAAAGAGCUAUUACGAACUCUAUAUGGCCAUUUCCGAUGAGCUCCACUACAUGGAAGUAUACCUGACGGAAGAGUUUGCCAAAGGGCGGAAAGUGGCGGAUCUCUAUGAGCUGGUGCAGUACGCCGGGAACAUCAUACCACGCCUCUAUUUACUGAUAACCGUUGGGGUUGUCUAUGUGAAGUCCUUCCCUCAGUCCAGGAAGGACAUUUUAAAAGACUUGGUGGAAAUGUGCCGCGGAGUCCAGCAUCCGCUGCGAGGUCUUUUUCUCCGCAACUACCUUCUUCAGUGCACGCGGAAUAUCUUGCCUGAUGACGGAGAGCAAACAGAUGAAGAAACCACCGGGGACAUCAGCGAUUCCAUGGACUUCGUCCUGCUGAACUUUGCGGAGAUGAACAAGCUCUGGGUGCGCAUGCAGCACCAAGGACACAGUCGGGACCGAGAGAAGAGAGAACGAGAGAGGCAGGAGCUAAGAAUCCUGGUGGGAACCAACUUGGUCCGUCUCAGCCAGCUGGAGGGAGUCAACGUAGAAAGAUAUAAGCAGAUCGUCUUGCCUGGUAUAUUGGAGCAGGUAGUAAACUGCAGGGAUGCGCUAGCUCAAGAAUACCUCAUGGAGUGUAUCAUACAGGUUUUCCCGGAUGAAUUUCACCUCCAAACCUUGAAUCCUUUCCUCCGAGCAUGUGCAGAGUUGCACCAAAAUGUGAAUGUCAAAAACAUUAUCAUUGCAUUAAUCGACAGGCUCGCAUUGUUUGCUCAUCGAGAAGAUGGACCAGGGAUCCCCGCUGAUAUCAAACUGUUUGACAUUUUCUCCCAACAGGUGGCCACUGUCAUACAGUCCAGGCAAGACAUGCCUUCGGAAGACGUGGUGUCCUUGCAAGUUUCUCUCAUUAAUCUGGCCAUGAAGUGCUACCCAGAUCGUGUCGACUAUGUGGACAAAGUCCUGGAGACGACAGUGGAAAUCUUCAAUAAGCUUAAUCUGGAACACAUCGCGACCAGCAGUGCCGUUUCAAAGGAGCUGACCCGGCUCUUGAAGAUUCCUGUUGAUACUUACAACAACGCCCUGACCGUCUUGAAGCUGAAACAUUUCCACCCCCUUUUUGAGUAUUUCGACUACGAGUCUAGGAAGAGCAUGAGUUGUUACGUGCUUAGCAAUGUGCUAGAUUACAACACGGAGAUUGUCUCCCAGGACCAGGUGGAUUCCAUCAUGAACCUGGUAUCCACGCUGAUCCAGGACCAGCCGGAUCAGCCUGCUGAAGACCCGGAUCCCGAGGACUUUGCCGACGAGCAGGGCCUGGUGGGCAGGUUCAUUCACCUUCUUCGCUCCGACGAUCCCGAUCAACAGUACAUGAUCUUAAACACCGCUCGGAAGCACUUCGGAGCCGGGGGGAACCAGCGCAUCCGUUUCACGCUGCCGCCUUUGGUCUUCGUGGCCUACCAGCUUGCGUUCCGCUAUAAGGAGAACUCCAAAGUGGAUGACAAAUGGGAGAAGAAAUGCCAGAAGAUCUUUUCCUUUGCCCAUCAGACAAUCAGCGCUUUGAUCAAAGCCGAGCUGGCGGAGCUGCCUUUGCGGCUUUUCCUGCAGGGGGCGCUCGCUGCCGGGGAGAUCGGGUUUGAGAACCACGAGACGGUGGCCUACGAAUUCAUGUCCCAGGCGUUCUCUCUGUACGAAGAUGAAAUCAGCGAUUCCAAAGCCCAGCUGGCCGCAAUCACCUUGAUAAUUGGGACGUUUGAGCGGAUGAAGUGCUUCGGCGAGGAGAAUCAUGAGCCUCUGAGGACGCAGUGCGCUUUGGCCGCCUCCAAGCUGCUGAAGAAGCCGGAUCAGUGCCGGGCCGUCAGCACCUGCGCUCACCUCUUCUGGUCUGGCCGGAACACGGAUAAGAACGGGGAAGAGCUGCACGGCGGGAAGAGAGUCAUGGAGUGCUUGAAGAAGGCACUGAAAAUUGCCAACCAGUGCAUGGACCCCUCCCUCCAAGUCCAGCUCUUCAUCGAGAUCCUGAACAGAUAUGUCUACUUUUAUGAAAAGGAAAACGACGCAGUGACAAUUCAGGUUUUGAAUCAGCUCAUUCAAAAGAUCCGCGAAGAUCUUCCGAACCUGGAAUCCACCGAGGAGACGGAGCAAAUCAACAAACACUUUCACAACACCCUGGAGCAUUUGCGAUUGCGGAGAGAGUCGCCGGAGUCAGAAGGGCCCAUCUACGAAGGGCUGGUCAUUUAGGAGAAGCGAGAGCCCGCGCAAACACUGUCCUGCUUACCUUUCUCAUUUAUACACAGUACAUGAUUUUUUUCCCCUCUCUCUUACGCUAGAAUUCAUAGAUUGUGCCUUUCAGAAGUGCCAAUUUAGGCUGCCCGGUUGCUUUCCCGCCCCCGCUGCUGUGCGACUCAUUCAUUGAUGCACUUCCAAAUUCUGCUUCUCCCGAAAUGUUCCGGCAGUUUGGACCCGUGGCUUGAUUGACGUCAAAAUUAGCAUGACCGAAGUCCUUCUGACGGGACCCUUCCCUUUCCGUCUUCUGCAAUCUGAUUGACGUCUUACCAGUUCUGUUGCUCUGUUUAUUUUUUUUUCUCCUCUUAACACCUAAUCUGGCUUUCUAAUUUCAAGUGUUCUAGAUGUGUAUUUGGUUUAUUUUUACAGAUUUCCCCCCCUCCCCCAUUCCCCCAAUUUUCCUGUAUGUGGGAUUCAGCUUUUUCUUUUUAAAAAUGCAGCUCAAGGUAAUGUCCAGUCUUUUCCACACUCCCCCCCCCCCUCCCAAAAUAUAUCAAUGCAUGUUUUUGGAAUCGAAACAAACUUCUCAAAAGCCAGAAGCUAUAUUUUGCAUAUGGAGACUCUGUGACAUUCGGUGAGAGCCACUAUGUUGCACAGGGCAUUAUUUAUCGAGAUGAUAACUUUUGUUUUCACAUAGUAUUAAGAAAAAGUAAUAGAUGAAUUGUUGUCUGUAUAGUUAUAUGUAUAACCCUCAUGACUGUAAAAUUGGCCGGGGGGGAAGGGGAGGGAAAGAAUGCAUUACACAGUUCUAUCAUGAAUUUUCACCGGUGAAAACAUUAAAAAGUUGCUAUUAACGAG